CACAAUGAUACAUAAUGGAAUUAAAACUUAUUGCUACUCAAAUUUGAUUGAAAACGAUCGCAUUAGAUUAAAAAUAGUAGGUAUUAUAAAUACUGUUGCUUUCCAAAAAGCUAGAAUUUGCGCUGAAAAGUUAUAUCAACAUUUGACUUUUAAAUUUGCACCUCCGCAAAUUGUGGAAAUGUUUCAAGUCGACUGGCACGAAUAUAUUAAAAACAGAAAAAGGGAAAUUGGAGGUAAAACAUGGUCAUUGACACAAACUGUUGCAGUUUUUAUAAAUGAUAAAUUUCUCGGCAGCGAUAAGGAAUUUAUACAUUAUAUAAGUGAAUCUUAUAUCUUUAGUUUACCCGUUAGUUCACAAUAUUAUGAAAAAAUCGCCAUCGAGCAAUGUAAGCUAUUCAUGGAAAAAUCUAAGAGAAAAUAUGUUUAUUUUACAUUUAAUAUAAACAGCCGUACGAUCGGUUCUUUUAUGUUUAUGUUAUAUUCUGAUCUGUUGCCAUUGACUUGCCAAUAUUUUUUAAACCUUUGCACCGGUUAUGAUGCGGUAGCAAAGUGUUAUAGAAAUUCUUAUUACAUAAAUAUGAAUGUGCAUCGCAUAGUAAAAAAUGGUUGGAUACAAUGUGGAGGACUUGUAUCACCUAAAGAAGAUACGAAUUUUGUGGACGAUAUUAUUGCAAUACCUGACGAGUCUUAUUGCAUUCCACAUGAUCGUCGCGGAGUCUUAUCUAUGGUAAAUAAUGGAAAACAUUGUAAUGGACCACAGUUCUCUGUAUGCUUAAAACCCAAUCCAUGGAUGAAUUGUUAUUAUGUUGCUUUUGGACAACUCGUGGAUGGAGCUAAAACUUUGGAAACAUUAGAAAAGAUAUCAACAUAUUAUGAACGCCCCUCUAAAGAAAUAAUAAUUUCAGAUUGUGGAGAAUAUAUCUUUGUAGAUGAACCUAAGAUGGAAACAGAAUCGAAAAUUUUCCUUAAACAUCAACCACCAAUAUGUACAGAAGGAGAAGCUAUGAGAUAUAGUGAUACUGGGUUUGAUUUUUAUUCCAUUACAUCAUGGCUUGACAAUGUAGUGGAUAAAAUAGAUGUUCGUGAUACAGCUUCGGUUUUAAUGGCAGAACGCUAUUUAAAUGGUCUUUAUUGUCUCGUAUCUGAUUAUGAACCAGGAAUGGAUAUGCGGGUGUCUGAAGAAAUUCAUUUAAUUCCAAAAGAUAGUACUGGAAGCGUGACUGAGGCUAUGCUUCAACAAUUAUUAUUGCAGUUUCAUCCAAAUCAAAUAACUGAAGAAGAAAAAUUAAUGUUUGUCUCUGAAAUUUCUAAAAUAAUUUUAGCUUAUCUUUUCUGUUAUGAGAAUAAUAAGUAUUGCUUGAAACAUAUCUCGAUCGGCACUCGUGAAGCUAUACAUAAAAUAUUGGAAGUUGCACACAAGAUAGCUUCAAAAGCUGUUACAAAAUCUGAAAUAACACAGAAAUGUGACGAUGUAAAAAUUGUAGAUAUAAUUGAAGCAAAGCGGAUUGAAUCGAAUCUAUUGAUUUCAGAAAAUUGUAUCUCAUUAUUACAAGCUAUUUUGAAUGAAGCUAUAUUAUGUUUUAUAAGAUCUUAUGACAUACAAGAAUGAUGAAAUAUAAAAAUAUAAUCGAAAUAAAAUUAUAUAUUAUAUCAGUA